UAUAUAUACCUUUUUUACACAACCCAUAAUUAAUAACUUAGAGCCCGCCGGCAUAAACUGUUCCUCCAUUGGCUUCUGUGACGCGGAGGAGCGAGGUCAUGGUGGACUGGAUUGACAAUCAGGUCACGGCGUAAUUGAAUUGGCAAAACAGCUUUUAUCAUAAGAACAUCAUAAUGGAUCACACAAAGGCUAUCCCCCUUCUGGUGGGUCUUGGGGUUGUGGUUGGAACAGCCAUUCUGACCAAGUUGUACUUGUCGAAGAAACGCGGUCCGCCUCGCACCCUCCAGGAUCCCACAGUCAAGUACCCCUUGGAGCUGAUUGAGCGGGAGGAAAUAUCCCACGACACGAGACGAUUUAGAUUUAAGCUCCCAACCCCUGACCAUAUUCUUGGUCUUCCCAUUGGUCAGCACAUCUACCUCUCAGCUAGAGUUGACGGGCAGCUGGUUGUGCGUCCAUACACUCCUGUUUCCAGCGAUGAAGACAAGGGCUACAUUGAUCUUGUUGUCAAGGUUUACUUCAAGAAUGUGCAUCCCAAAUUCCCGGAUGGCGGGAAGUUGAGCCAGUACCUCGAAGGGAUGAAGAUUGGUGAAACCAUUGACGUGCGUGGGCCAUCAGGUUUGCUCGAGUACCGUGGCCGAGGAGUCUUUGCCAUUAAGCCAGACAAAAAGUCUCCACCGAACCUCACGACCGCCAAGAAGGUCAGCAUGAUUGCCGGUGGAACAGGCAUUACUCCCAUGUUGCAGCUGGUGCGUCAGGUGGCAAGAGAUGAGGGAGACAAAACACAGUUGGCCUUGAUUUUUGCAAACCAGACAGAAGCAGACAUAUUGUUGCGUCAGGAACUAGAAGAGGUCCAGGCCCAACACCCAGACAAAUUUAAGUUGUGGUACACUGUCGACCGUCCAGAACCAGGCUGGAAGUAUAGCAGUGGCUUUGUCAGUGCCGAGAUGAUUUCAGAGCACUUGUUCCCACCGGGUGACGACACACUGGUACUCAUGUGUGGGCCUCCCCCUAUGAUCAAUUUUGCCUGCAUCCCAAAUCUGGACAAACUUGGAUACUCACCUAGCAUGAGGUUUGCCUAUUAGUAGCUGAAGAAGAAGGAUAAAAUAAUGGCAGGCAGUGAUUAGAAAACCUAGCACAGUUGUUAUAAAAAGAUGAAAAGAAUGAAAGGGGUGUUUCCUGUAGUCUUAAUAUCCUAAUCCAUUGUCACGUAGAGUCAAGUUAGGAUGUUGUUAUGUAGUGAAUGGUACGAGGAUUGCGGUCAAAGAGAGUUCUCCAAGCGCUAAGAAUAAUCCCUUUUAUUAAUUUAUUUGUCUCUUGCUUUGCCUUACAGGUUUUUGAUAAUAUGUUGCAAGUAUUACUAAAAAUAGGGCAAACACUGUGGCCAAUCCUCUCUUAGGUCAAGUCCCUCAACAGUAUUGGUCAAGUCCUUCCACAGUAUUGAGGGACUUAACCAUCCCUUUGACUGCAAUGCCUUGUUAGAGGCAACCAUGCAGCUCCAACUUGCAUUCCUGUCUUUCUCUGUUAUAUGGCAUUUGUAUCGUUAAGUUUUUAUUGCUAAUGUGUAUGACAUGUGAUAAUUUAAAAGAUUUAUUUUUUGUCAUCAUUUCCUUCUUAGUGUUUAAAAAGAAAGAGAUUUGCCUGUCACAAAGGUAGUUUUAUUUUAGAUAAAUUAUGGUGUACGGUGAACUAAAUUUUUGGAAGCAAUGAGCAUGUUAUUUAAAGCAUUUAAAUCACAUGUUAUCUUGUUUGAGAUGUAUGAAAUUAAAGUUUGUGUAAAUAUUUGUCUUUAUGAAUUAAUAGAACUUUGAAGGCAGUAAUGAACUAACCAGAAGAUUAUAACCUUGUUAGCUUUGGGUAGUUCACCUAUGGUGUUUACUGUGACUAGAGUUGGUAAGAAGGAAUUGCAGUGAGAUUGCAGGGUAAUAAAAAGUUCUCAUGGCAAAUAUGUUGUUUCAUUACAUGGCCUUGAAAAAGCAAUUUAUAUGAAGCCUGAGGGAGAACUUGUUGAUCUUUUUACGUAUGAAUUAGAAGAUUUGUUGAAGACAAAUUACCAAACUGUGAUGGGAAGGAAGAUAUUGAGUAUUGUUGUUUCUUGAAAUUAAAGUUGAGAUAGAGA